AUACACACACACGGGUAGCAGAAGUGGCACUGCUGCCACAAAUCCUUUGUUCUUUACCUUUUAACACUUCCUUCUCUGUCCUCAGCCCUUUCUGAGCUGGAGUCUUCCUGCCCUCACUGGCCCCAUAUACCCGGGCACUCUGUACUGGGGGAGAUCAGGCUCUUGAUGAGCAGGGAAUUGGAGUCAAUGAUCCGUAUGGAUCCCCGCCAUCUUGAGAUACUUUAUGAUUCUAAAUAUUUUGAUGGCUCCUUUGGGGAUAGAAAUGGUUUAACCAGCAAUGCCAAGGGUAACCUGAGGAAUGCAAGGGGAGGGGCUGGGACAGAAACCCCUCAUGGAACCCUCAUGGAACCAUGUGUGACCAGUAUAGCCAGUGUUUGUGAGGUCAAGGUCGCGGGCAGGAGCCCCGCUGCUGUUCCUGGGGACAGCCAGACCUCUCACAACACCUCUGGUAGGAACUCGCACCAACAGGCCAUGGCCAACGCGGGGCUGAAAACUCUGGUGCCAUCGAAGGAGAUCAGGGAGGCCGUGGACCCCAUAUCAGGCACCCACGCUCAGCCUGCAGCCUCCAGGUGCCUGCUGAGCCCUCAGGCCCUCGCCAAGCCCUCAGUCGCCUCUUUCCUCGGGUAAAAGGCAGCUCAGGGUGGGCUGGCAACUGGGAACAAAGUGGAGGAGCAACUGUGGGCUGAGAGGAGGCAGGAGGAUCCUGCUGGUCAUUACUGGAAGGUUCUGGAUGUGGGCACUGGGGAAGCUCCAGGGUCCCUGGAAGGGCUGCAGAGUCAGCUGGGGUUGUUGGGGGGCACUGGGGAAGGUAGAGAGGCAAGGGGGAGACUGGGAAGUUGAUGGCGGUAUUGAGGGUUAUCACUGGCAACACAGGGGCAAUGGGGUUGAUGGAGGGGUUACAGAGGUCACAGGGGAACCAGGACUUGUGUGUGCUUCUCAUGGCCUUGGGGGUCCCUGUCACUGCCUCUGCCUCACGUUAUGUCAGUGCCCCCAGCGUGGAGUUCCCGAGGAGCGCUCCUUCCUCAAGCUGCUGCACCCUGAAGCGAACCUUUGGCUCUACCAAUUUGCUGCUGCUCAGCCUGGAUGAUGCUGAUGACACCGCAGAGGAGGAGGAGGAGGAGGAGGAAGCGGCUUCCCCAGGCCCCUGCCUGCACUCGCCAUGCCCCAAGGAUAACACUGAGCCCAUUGCCCCACCGGCAGUGUGCCCCUCCAGACAUCCCUGCGUUCACAACAGACCCCUUGGGAGAUUGUGCCCUGUUGCUGAUUGUUGAGAGCUGUCCAGAAUCCUUCUCGUUAAGAUCCUGCUGUGCUCCUGAGGCGUUGCGUUACCUGGUACGACGACAGCUCUCACCAGAAUGCUAAGCAGCAGCCGCCGUCAGAGAGAGUAAGGCCAGUGGUGGGAAUAGAACUGUGAAGUCACCGUCAAAGGUCCUGAAACCACGAGUGAAGAAUCCAAGUGGACCUAAAAGCAGACCAGUUCCUGUCUCCAGGUGGGACUGCGCUCCAGCCUGUCGCCAGCCGGAUGCCGUGGGAAGCACAGAGCCUUCUGAGAGCUGCUGUUCGAGUGGAUGCUGAUUGAGUGGCCUAAAAUGUGAGCAGCCUGGUGCAGCCCCCGCUCUUCUAGCAGGCUUGGUGUGCGGCCAGCGGCUCUGCGCAGAGACCAUCUAGCAUGCUCCUCCAGCCGGGCCACUCAGCGGGUGCCAACAGCAGCCGUUUGGUUCCAGGGACACCAGGCUGACUUCACACCAACCGGGCAUCGGACCUGCAGAGCAGAAACUGGGCUGGUGCUUCUGGAGCAGCCAGUCCAGAGAUCUGCUCUUUGAAAGGCUUUGGACACCUCUUCCUCUGCCUGCACACUUGUGAAGAGUCAGUGCUGGGCAUUAAGUGCAGCUCAGCCCAACUCAGCUGCUGUCUAUGAGUUUCUUCUGUGUUAAAGUUGGGCCAGAACCAGUUUCAAGGCAGCUAGAAGAAGAACCGACCUUCCUUUCUCCAGUCUGUUGGGAUCUUUACAGCAGCCCAUGCCGCAGCGCCUCGCCUGUUCCACCCGAACUGCCCGUGCCACUGGCUUGGACCUAACCUAGGAUAAAUCUCAGCGUGGCCUGGGCAGGGGGGAACCAUGGGGAGCUCUGCCUCAUCGCUGGCCGCAGAGACGGAGUCGGACCAUGGCUUCGCUAGCGCACCCUACCCGGGGCACCCAGCUGUGAGCUGGUAUAGGAGUAGUCACAGUGGUCCCGUUUGGGAAAGUGCCCUUAUAACGCGGCAGCAUCAGCACUUACACCACCGGGUGCGAAGCCACUCUCACUCUCCUGGCUCCAUGGCUGCCGUCCGCGAGUGGUCCUGCACCCGCUGCACGUUUCUGAACCCUGUUGGCCAACGACAGUGCUCCAUCUGCGAAGCCCCUCGGCAGAAACCUGACCUCAAUCACAUCCUGCGGCUCAGCGUGGAGGAACAGAAAUGGGCUUGUGCCCGCUGCACCUUCAGGAACUUUCUGGGCAAGGAGACCUGUGAGGUAUGUGGCUUCACCCCAGAGCCAGGGCCCAGCGGCUCCCCCUUGCCCGUCAUCAACGGCAUCUUGCCCAAGCCCGCCGUGCUUGUGGAGCCCAAGGGCACACCCAAGGAGGAGGCUGCCAAGGCAGAAAGCAGCAGUGAGGACUCAGAGGGGAAGAGCCCUGAUGAAGCGGAGCUGGAGAGUGGCUGGGCUUGCCAGCGCUGUACGCUGCACAACACGCCAGUGGCCAAUUCCUGCUCUGCCUGUGGUGGUCCGCGCAAGCUCUCCCUGCCCAAGAUCCCACCAGAGGCGCUGGUCGUCCCUGAAGUCAUCACCCCUGCUGGAUUUCACAUCACCCCCUCCACCCCACAGCCUGUAGUCUCUGCAGAGAUCUCUGAUGGUGACGCUGUGGCUACCCAGGGCCCAGUGGCUAUGGAACAAGAGUCCCAGAAGAUACCAGCCUUCAGUCCCUUCUCCCCGGGGCUCCAGAACAACCCCGUGCCCCGAAGCCGUCGUGAGGUGCCCCCCCAGUUGCAGAUGCCGGGGCCUGAAGCCUCCCAGCCUGUGGCUCAGAGCACAGCAGGGCAGAAGGGCUCUCCGCAGGGCCAGGCCAGGCCGGCCCCGGCUGCUCGCUUCCAGGAGCUGCUCUCCAACAAGCGGCUGAGUGUACUGGAGGAGGAGAUGGAAGUCAGUCCAUCCCACUGGAAGUGCAGCUCCUGCUCCCUGCUUAACUCUGCCGGGGCUGGCAAAUGCGAGGCUUGCAGCGCCCAGAAAGGCAGCGACACCAUCAAUGUAGUGGGAGACUCCGUGAGAUUCACUCCCUGCAGCCCCUCCAGCCCUGACUUCACCACCUGGUCCUGUUCCAAGUGCACCCUCAAGAACCCUACCCUGGCUCAAAAGUGCAAAGCCUGUGGCUCCUCUAAACUGCAUGGCUUCCAGGAGCAUGGGACACAGGGCGAGCCGUCCUCCCGCUGCCCCGACUGCGGGGCUUCUGACAAGGGCAGCUGCUCCUCCUGCAGUGGCAAAGCCCCCUCUGCCCGCAAGGUCGCCCGCCUCUUCCCAUCCCAGCUGCCCAGUGGCCAGGAGAGGCCAGGCCAGUGGGCUUGUCCUGCUUGCACCUUGCUGAACGAGCUGAAAGCCAAGCACUGCGUGGCCUGCCAUACCCCGCAGCAGUACAUGGCUCAGCGCAAGGGCCUCAAGCCCCUGAAGAGACGGGAGAGCAUGCAUGUGGAGAAGAGGCGGCAGACAGAUGAGGGAGAGGCCAAAGCCCUUUGGGAAAACAUCGUGACCUUCUGCCGGGAGAACAAAGUCAAUUUUGUCGAUGACAGUUUCCACCCUGGGCCCAAGUCGGUGGGAUUCCCGGAAGGAGACAGCGUGCAGCAGAGGGUGAAACAGUGGCUGCGACCUCACGAAAUCAACUGUAGCAUCUUCAAAGACCGGUCGGUGAAGUGGUCGGUGUUUCGGACACCCCGGCCCUCGGAUAUUUUGCAGGGACUGCUGGGAAACUGCUGGUUCCUGAGUGCCCUGGCCGUGCUGGCUGAGCGGCCGGAGCUGGUGGAGAGGGUGAUGAUCACCAGGACGCUGUGCCCCGAGGGUGCCUACCAGGUGCGGCUCUGCAAGGACGGCACAUGGACCACGGUGCUGGUGGACGACAUGCUGCCAUGCGAUGAGUGCGGGUACCUCCUCUUCUCACAGGCCCAGAGGAAGCAGUUGUGGGUUGCCCUCAUUGAGAAGGCGCUGGCCAAGCUUCAUGGUUCGUACUUUGCCCUCCAGGCAGGGCGUGCUAUUGAAGGCCUGGCUACACUAACGGGUGCCCCCUGCGAGAGCCUGAUGCUGCAGGUCAGCUCCACUAACCCUCGCGAGGAGCCCAUUGACACUGACCUCAUCUGGGCCAAAAUGCUGAGUUCUAAGGAGGCUGGGUUCCUCAUGGGUGCAUCCUGUGGUGGAGGCAACAUGAAAGUGGACGAUGUGGCCUAUGAGAGCAUGGGUCUGCGGCCUCGGCACGCCUAUUCCAUCCUGGACGUGCGGGAUGUCCAAGGCUUCAGGUUACUGCGUCUGCGAAACCCUUGGGGCCGCUUCUCCUGGAACGGCAGCUGGUCCGACGAGUGGCCACACUGGCCAGCUCCCUUGCGUCACGACCUGAUGCCCCACGGCAGCAGCGAGGGCGUCUUCUGGAUGGAGUACAGCGAUUUCAUUAAGUAUUUCGACUCUGUGGAUAUCUGCAAGCUCCAUUCUGACUGGCACGAGGUGCGUGUGCAGGGCAUGUUCCCCAACAAGGCCAAUGGGCCAGUGACGGUGACAUCGCUGACGGUGUUGGAGCGUGCCGCCCUGGAGUUUGCCCUUUUCCAGGAGGGCAGCAGGCGGUCAGACACAGUGGACAGCCACUUGCUGGAUCUGUGCAUCAUGGUUUUCCGGGCCACAUUCACCAGCGGGAACAAGCUGAGCCUGGGCCGGCUGAUGGCUCACAGCAAACGAGCCGUCAAGAAGUUCGUCAACUGCGAUGUCAUGCUGGAGCCGGGCGAGUACGCUGUUGUGUGCUGUGCCUUCAACCACUGGAGUGCGGCCCUGGCAGGCCCCGCCACCACCCAGGCAUCCAGUCCCACCAGCAGCCGACCAGCCACUGAUUAUUCCAGCUAUAUCUUGGCCAUCUACAGCUCCCGCCUGGUGAUGGUAGAGCAGGUGGAGGCGCAGCCCACCACGCUGGCCGACGCCAUCAUCCUGCUGACCGAGAACAAGGGCGAGCGGCACGAGGGCCGCGAGGGAAUGACCUGCUACUACUUGACGCAUGGCUGGGCAGGACUCAUCGUGGUGGUGGAAAACCGGCACCCCAAGUCCUACCUGCACGUCCAGUGUGACUGCACCGACAGCUUCAACGUUGUUUCCACGCGCGGCAGCCUCAAAACACAGGACAGCGUCCCCCCGCUGCACAGGCAAGUGUUGGUGAUCCUCUCCCAGCUGGAGGGUAACGCCGGCUUCUCCAUCACCCACCGCCUAGCACACCGCAAAGCCACCCAGGCCUUCCUCAAUGACUGGAUGUCGACAAAGGGCACCCACAACCCGCUGCUUACACCCGAGGUCGCUGGGCUCCAUGGCCCCCGGCCCCUAUGACAAAGCGCCUCCUCCUCCCUGCUCCGUCCCCCCGUUAUUUUUGCCGAACCUCUGGCCUGGGGUCGCCCCCCGAGCUGUCAGUGCUGAGCCACGGCGCAGAGCCAGAGCACCACACCCAGCACUUUGCGCUGCGCUGCGGGGCCAGGGUGAGCUCUCAGGGCCAGGACCAGCUCUGCCCGCCGCCCCUCGCCCUGGCACCGCCGGCCCCCCAUGCACUUUAUGAGGAGCAGCUGGGGGCACGGGGCCAUCUCAGGAUCCCACCUGCCCCAAACCCGCAGUGGGGGCUGCAGGAAGAGGGGGGGCAGAGGUUGCUGUCAAGGCCCUUCCCAGGCACUGCGCUCAGGACUCUGCCCCCUCCUGCGGCACCAGGGCCCUGGCGCUGCAAAAAAAAAGAAUAUACCUCUGACGUCUGUCCAUCUGUGUGACCCUCCAUCUGUCCCCAAGCCCUUCCCACUGUCUUGUUGCCCCAUUGUCCGCUGCCAGAACCGACGUGGCACUGAGGUGCCGUAGCCAGGCCAGGGGACAGAGGGGUCGCCCUGCUAUGGUACUGCCUGCGCUGGCUGCUCGUGGUGGGCGUCUGCUGUGGUGGCUGGACCCCCCCACAUCCACCUUGCCUGUCUGGGUGCCAGGGCUGUCCCCACACUGCUGGGACUGGGGAGGCGAGGGUGCUGGGGUGUUUUAGAAAGCUGCCGCCGUGGGGUUUUCACUGCACCUUGAGGCUAAAUGCGGAGGUGCCCUCCUCUGCUGCAGCCCCAGGGUGGGGGGCGAGGCCAUGGGGUGAUGCCUGGGGGGGCUGUGGCAGCAGGGACCCCCCUCAACUCAUCACACAAGUGUUACUAUGCAAAGGCGGCCGCUGCAAGCAGUGCCUGGAGAGAAGCCAUUACAUCCCCAGCUGGGCUCAGCACCCCUGGGCACUGCCCUGUGGGGGCUUCCCCCUUCUAUGCCACACAGAGGUGAGGGACAAAGGGUGGAAGGUACAGAGUCAGGGUUUGGGGAGCAGCUCCCCCUGGCUUUACCCUGUUGCCAUGUGCUGGGGACUGGAGGACUGAUUUUGGGGCGGGGGGGAAGCAGACUUACAGAGGCUGAGUCCCGUGGAAGGCAGUGAGCACAAGGCAAAGGCUGGUGGGAACCUUGGGGUGCCGCUGGCCCCAGCGGGGACUGACCCCCGCGGUUUCAGGGCAUUGUGGCUCUCCAGCUUGGCAUGGGCAUGCGUGUGUGUGUGUGUGUACAUGUGGGUGUGUUUUGGGGGUCCCCUGGUGUUGCCCCCCUCCUGUGCAAGCUGUGGAGCUGCAGCUCAGGGAUGGGGGGCAGUGGGAGAUGUAGGGCCUGUGCUGGGGGGCAGCCUGCACCCCAAACCCUGCACUGGCAGCUGCUCUGGGCAGGGGGAUGUGCGGGCUGUGGGGUUUGUCCAGCAUGUCCUCGUGUCCCCAGAUCUCACCCCACGAAGCUGGAGGGUGGAGGUGACUGUCCUGGCCCCCUCCUGGCCGCCUGGCCGGGGCUGCUGAGCCAAGCUCUAUCCCUGUUUUUGUUUGUUGAUCUGUUUUCUCUCUUCCCCGCUCUUUCCUCCUCGGGAUGACUUGUCCUUCACUUUUUUUCUCUCUGUCUUUCUGAGCUGUGAAUAUUUUUAACCCUGUAAAUACUGUCCAGCUCUUAAAAACACAUAGAAUAUUUUAUCAAUUGUAAAUGAGAUCAGUAAUCCCUGUAUGAUACGAAUUAUCCAUGGAUGGUUUUCAAACUCAGGUUCUAAUGGACCAAAUAAAGUUUUGUUUUUUACUGAA